CUUAAAAUCGAAGCACAAACUCAGACAUGGCCGCGGAGCAAACAGAGGUUGUAACCGAAUCGAACAGGUGUGCGGAGAUCGUGUCCGGGCUGUUGAGGACAGAGACGGAGGUGGCCGUGGAUGCUGAAGGCGUUAACCUCGGGCGAACCGGCCCCCUGACGCUACUUCAGGUGGGCACGAGGGACGGGCGGGUGUACCUCUUUGAUAUCCACAAAAACAAGGUUCUCCUACAGCCAGGUUUUCUUAAAGACCUGCUAGAAUCGACGAAAAUUGUUAAGAUAAUCCAUUCGUGCAGAGGAGAUAGUGCCGCUCUUCGUGCACAGUUCGAGGUCAACCUCCACAAUGUAUUUGAUACGCAGGUGGCUCAUCUGGAGAUUGAGGAGUCAAAGGGCAAACGUCUUCCGGUAGAACUGAAGUUGGCGGAUCUGUGCGACAUGUAUGGAGGAAACUCAGCAGCGUUGGAAUCCAAAGACGAUAUUAAGAAAGCCUGGAUGACGACAGCCGGCUAUUGGGCGAUCCGUCCUUUGAAACCGGAAAUGAUCCAGUACGCAGUCGCAGAUGUCAUUGUUCUCUUUGCUCUAUAUGACAACCUAAUAAGCCUCCUGCACGAGAAAGGAUUGUAUGGGAAAUUCCAGAAGUCUGUAGAUGUGGAGAUCGUUGUACAGACGGACUCUGCUGUGGAUAAACGUAAACAGGAACUACUAACCAGUACAGUGGAUGCUAUCCUGAAGGAGAUAGCCACCAAGUGCGACCGCCGAGAGUACCAGUGUCUGGAGGACCUGAACGAGAACGAGGCUCGCGCCAUCGGGUUAUGCCGAACUGAUCAGAUCAUCCGAUCAUCGUCCACGUUCAAGAAGAUACGGAUGCAAAGUGUGGACAAGUUUGUAAUGGAGACUGAAGGAAAGAUUGCGAACGAUCCAAUGGCGUGUGAAGUGUCCGGAGGUCUUUACGGUAAACUGAAAGCCAACGAAAGCGAGUAUAUCGGCACCGAUCUGGGCCGUAGAAUAAAGAUCCUGUUAAAUAGGGUCGGCAAAAUACAGAUGGAACAACUCAAGAGUAAGUACAGUGUGGAUACCCCACUGGAAUAUAUCCGCGGCAGCGACUUUGGGCCCAUCAGGAGUAUCCGGGUUGAUGAGGAGGACAACGCCAUUCGGAGGGCAUUGUACUACCGAGUAACUGUCCGAGAUCUCCUGGUACUGAAAAAACAGUACCAGGAGAACCCCAGAGCUGUGGAGAUCAACAAGGGUCUACACAACAAGAUCCGUUUUCUGGCAACGAGGAGCGGUCAUUGUUCACGAGAGCUGAAACAUCUGAGCAAAGAGCUGUGGACCACAUUCGUGCAACGAUACGGCAGAGAGCACAAGUACUAAACACGUGUAGACUUCUUGGGUUGAAAUGGUUACAGGAAAAGACGGCUCGCUAGACAGAGUGCUGAAGACCAUAUCUGAGAGUACUUUUAAUCAUAUUUUAGACUUUUAGGGGUUUUACAUGUAUUCGUAGAGAUUUUGGAAUUCUGGGGUGGGCUUAGGGUUAGACCUAUACAUUCAAAUACUAAUAUCUCACUUCACGUUUUCCUUCUUCUACAUUCACCCACAGGUUAGUUUUAAAUGGGUGUAAAAGCUGUUCUAACAGUAAAAACUGUAUUUGGAGAGGAAACACUUUUUAUGACAUCAAGCAUCUAAACACCGGCUGUCCAUCCGGUGACCUUGUUCUCACAGCACCCUAGCGGCCCUUGGUCAGCCAGCUCUCGCUGUUUUAGUGCUGUGCAGCUUUAAUGCACUUGGCGUUUCGAUCCAGCUUACUCCAAUCAUUCACCUGCCAUAAGUGAAAAUAUAAUUGAUUAUGGCGUUAGACAGCAAUCCCAUAAAUUAAACCGUGUUUGGGAACGGUAGUAACGGCAAUAAGCCAUAACCCGUCCCGGUAGUUACCUAUUAUAGAUAGGCAAACAAAGCAUUGCGAUAAACAGUUUCUUUUAACAUAAAUUUACUUUGUGAUAAAAUAUUAUGUACUGUGAUAUAUUUUAAUCUUUUUUAUAUUGCUUAAGAGGUAUAUUGCUGCCAUAUAAAAGAUUUAUUAUAUACAUAUUUGAUAAGUGUUAUCUUUUUUACUAAAUUUAUCAAAUUUCAUUCUAGUUUUUCUUUUUAAGUUUUAAAAGAUCUACAUACACUUUGCUUACCUUACAUGUUUUAUUGAUAUUUUAUCCUGACUUUAAAAGUCUAUGUUACUGCAGUAAGUUUUCAACUUAAGCGUUGUAAAACAGGAUUGUCUAACAUCAAAUACCCGGUAUAUAUAUUGUGAUCGGAGCUUCUCACUACCAAAUAGGCUAUACAGAAACAUCUCAAUCAUUCAAGGUCUUAGCGUUGACAGAGCCGAGAAAAAUUGGGUAUCCUUGCCAGACAACUCCACAACGCCAGAUUUCAGUUGAAUGUAGGAUUCUCAAACUUUCCAGAGGGCAUCUUUCUUCAUUUUUUUAAAUGUUAUUUCACGGAAUAAGAUCGAAAAUGAAACAGUUACACCAAGUAAAUGGCUGGUGUAAGUUUAAAUUUAUUUACAAUCCAACGCGUGGCUAUCAUACAGAAACGACAAAGAGUCUGUGUCUAAGCCCAUUCCUUUCAUAUAUACUGAUAACGAUGAAUGAAUACAUCCGGCAUUUUAUCCAGACUCUUUGUAAUGAUAUCAGUAACAUGGACAUGUACUUGAAGGGUCAUUUCAGGAGUGUUAUCGAACAUGUCUGGCUCAUUACUGACCAUCACAGAAGCGAGGCGAAUUGAUAUGCUAGUUGAUAUGAGUAAGAUUUAGUCAUGGUAUUACAAACCAUGUCGAACAGUACAGCUGAUUGUCCUGGCCCAAACCAUAUUCCCGUCAGCUAUAUUCUCUGCUAAGUAACUCUGGUCAAAAUACACAGCAACCUCUCGUCGCUGUUCACAUCAGUGUGUUAUAAGCAGUGCAUAUAUAUAUGGCAAAUGCCUGAGACGUUGAAAAAUCCCUUCUGGAAUUCUUGGGUUAUCAGAAAGGGAAAAUGACGCCGCAUCCUAUGUAAAUGUUAAAAAAUUAAAUCCUUGGAUAGUAAUAAAAAAAUAAUCAAUUUG